GGAAGUGGAAGGGACGACGUUGCCAUGGCGGCGUCUCUCGGGCAGGUGCUGGCACUGGUGCUGGUGGCCGCCCUGUGGGGUGGCACCCAGCCGCUGCUGAAGCGGGCCUCCUCCCGCCUGCAGCAGGUUCGGGAGCCCACGUGGGCCCGGCAGUUGCUGCAGGAAGUGAAGACCCUCUUCUCCAACGCCGAGUACCUGCUGCCCUUUUUCCUCAACCAGUGUGGCUCCCUUCUCUACUACCUCACCUUGGCAUCGACAGAUCUGACCCUAGCUGUGCCCAUCAGUAACUCUCUGGCCAUCAUCUUCACAAUGAUUGUGGGCAAGAUCCUUGGAGAAGACAUUGGUGGGAAAGGAGCGCUCGCAGGCAUGGUGCUCACCGUGACAGGAAUUACACUCUGCAUCUCAAGCUCAGUGAGCAAGACCCAGGAGCCCCCGUUGGCCCUCUGAGCAGGCUGCUACCUCUCCAGCUGGGUCGUCUCAGGAGCCCUGAGCCCCCAGGUGCAAGCAGAGAGCAGAUGGGUGGGCACUUCCUCCCUUGGGGUCUCAACUUCUGUACCCCUGGUGGGUACAGCUACCUCAUGGACUGCAGUGAGAGCAAGCACGAAGAGUUUCAGAACUUGCAAGUGUUGUUUGACUGCUAGGAUUUAGCACAAGAGACUUCUUGGGCAGCCUCACUGACCUUUCUGCCCCAGCAUGCCCUGUGGCCGUGCCUAGCACUCAGUCCAGCCACUGUUGCGCAGGCCUGAUCUGGACCACACAUGGCUGGGGGAUGGACUGCAGAGCCCCCGCUACAGGCAGACACGUCCUCUGAGCCAGAUAUGUGGGCCACAGGCUCCCCAGGUGCAGACAGAGGCCAUGACUGGCUGGGGGGAUGGGGAUGGGGACGGGGGCGGGGGGCAGCAGGCCUGGGGAGAAGGGCCUCAGGAUGACAAGUGCAGAGGUGCAUGAGUUGCCAGCCUUGCCGGCCCCACCAUGGUACAGGUGGGCACCCUCACUGCCCACCUCAGCCAUACCACGAGCCCCAGCACUGCCUGUCCCCAGCACGCAGGGAGGUGCUUGUCGAGCAGUGCCCGUAAUAAAUCUAUAGGAAGCAGA